AUGUUUUUAGUGCGUGAUAAUAAUCACUUGCUGGGAAGUGAAGAAAAAAAUAAACAAAACAUGAUGUUCGUUAAUAUUUGUUUGCAAAGUUGCGUUGUUUCACUUUAUAAUACAACUAAACUGGCUGUGGCUUCAUUUGACCUUGCCUUUGAACUUGUCAGCUCUGACGUACGCAGAACCGCUUACAUACAAGCCCUGUAUUUAGACCUUCUUGCCACGAAGACUGUACUACCCACACCACAUCACAGGACGUACGUUCACAUUAUGUAUGCACGCGCAUGGCGUAUGAUAUUCUUUGAGCUUCGACCGACAGACAGUAUUCGAACCAGGCCAUCGUGUAACUGCGCGAGACAUGGCACUUUUACUAACUGUGCUAACUCGACGACCAAAUGUCCAAACAAACACAUCAUCAAAACAUCUGGUCUGAAGACGUGCGUAUGGUUCAAUGAACUUGAAUGGAGACGAAGAAUAAAAUUUGUCUCGUUCUACAGUUGUUAA